GAUAAAGAUACACUACUUGCUCCUCUCCGGUCUAGACAUCACAUCAUUAGCCAAGUCAGCUAGUUAGCUGUUUAUUUUUUGGACAAAAUGUCAACCACGACCGGCGGCGGAGAGUUUGGCAACCCUCUACGAAAGUUCAAGCUUGUUUUUCUGGGCGAACAGAGUGUUGGGAAAACCUCGCUCAUCACCAGGUUCAUGUAUGACAGUUUCGACAACACUUAUCAGGCAACAAUUGGCAUUGACUUUUUGUCAAAAACCAUGUACUUAGAAGAUCGUACGGUCCGACUCCAGCUCUGGGACACUGCUGGACAGGAGCGUUUUCGUAGCCUAAUUCCCAGCUACAUCCGUGACUCUACCAUUGCCGUGGUUGUUUAUGACAUCACCAAUCUUAAUUCAUUCCAGCAAACCUCAAAGUGGAUUGAUGAUGUUAGAACAGAAAGAGGAAGUGAUGUCAUUAUCAUGCUUGUUGGGAACAAAACAGACUUGGCGGAUAAAAGACAGAUCACCACGGAGGAGGGCGAGCAGAGAGCUAAGGAACUGAAUGUCAUGUUCAUUGAAACCAGCGCAAAGACUGGCUACAAUGUCAAACAGCUGUUCCGUCGUGUUGCUGCUGCAUUGCCUGGGAUGGACAGCACACCAGAGAAAAGCAAAGAGGACAUGAUCGACAUCAAACUGGAGAAACAGCCAGAGAUGACUGUCACCGAGAGCAGCUGCUCAUGCUAGUACACCUCACCCUCACCCAGCCUGUCUCCUCCCCACCAACAGCUUGUCUCUCAGUGGCCACUCUCUCCACCCUUGGCGCACUGCCACUGGGAUGGAGGACCUGUCUUUUCUUUUUUUUCCCCUUUUCAACUCAGUGACUUUUCAGAGUAACCGUGUGGAUGUGCAUUACUGUUUGAAACAGAUUAUCUGGGGAAAAAAAGGUUCAAAACUAAACAUUUAAAACAAGGAAUAAGUUAAACGAUAUGUUGAGAUUUUCAUCCAGUUGCAUGGCAUUAUAUAGGAUUGCAGACUGACAUAGCUAACUGCUCAUGAGUUAUUGCACAGUGCAGAAUCUUAGUGCUGUUACUCUUGUCAUUGUUGUAAAGUAAAACUGCUUGGGAUUAUUUAAAUGACUCUGCAAGGCUGAGUUCUCAGCCCAUUGUAUUUUACUUUUUUUAUUUUUAAAUGGAAAGUUUGCCUAAAACUAUUCUAUCUCUGAGAUUAUUUCUUGACUUUGUCUUAUUUUGAGGAAGUAGAGGCAGGAUCUUACCAGUGAAUUUACGUCAUCGCCAAACCAUCAUAUUGCCACAUUAGGCUCAUAUGGACUCACUGAAGAGGGUGCAUUUAACACAUCUGUAGGCUUAAACUGCCAAAUUCAACAGUGUGUUAGCAGACCAAACUUACUUAAUUUGAGGUUGCAUUUGAAACAGUGAAAGAGAGGUUUAACCAAGUAAUGCAGUCACACAUCAUCAAUGGAAAACCAUCCCAAUAUCACUAGAACUGCUACUAACCUGAAGCUAUGUCUGCUUUAAAACUAUAGCAACUGUCUUUCCGAUGUUGUUAAAUUAGCUGCACGCAUACUAACACGUCUGAGGAGGAGUUUUCCAUUAUUAGAUGCCCCGAACAAAAAAAAAGCCAAUGUUUCGUUUUUCCACGUGGAUGGAAAGUUGUCACUUUGGUCGCUAUGACGUACCCGCCAUCUCAUUGACAAUUUGUGUUGUGUUGAGUACACUAUUGCAAGAACAUGCAGCAUGCUCACCAUGCAGGAUUUAUAUGGAUAAGAACACAGAUGCCUUGCUUGUUUGUUCACCAACGUUGUGCACUGAAUCAAGCCACAAUAUUGUAAAAUAUAAAAAGAAGCCGGCUGACUGGUUCAUGGCUUCACUAGUUGUUUUGUAGAGCUGGUAGAUUAAGAGUUUGUCCUCAGAUACAGCUAACGCUUACUAACACCCUUGCUGUAAAAAAAACAAAACAAAAAAGUGCAGAGAAGUUAGUUGCAGUAUCCUUUGCUGUAUUGCUAUUGCCUGUGUAGGACUGUUGGUUUUUUUGUGUUUAUUUAUUUUAUAACUUGGACAUACAGAUAACAUUGUAUGCUUGACCAAAAGUACAGAUGCUGACACGCAUGUUGAAAGUUUAUUUUAUUUAUUGUUUGCGUGUCUGCUGGGACUCCACCUAAAGGCGACACUUAGGCCCGGUAACGUUUUUUUUUUUUUUUUUUUCCUGUCACACUGCUAGAAAUUACUUUUUUUUGCAGUGUGUAUAGUCAGUAGCUUGGUUUACAGUCACAGGUUAAGGCUACAUUGUCUCCACACACACACACUCACACAAACACACACACAUACAGAGUGUAACACAAACCAACUAACUAGCCAUAGCACAACAAAAGACACUGGUCAUUUUGCUGUAGCUUGUUUUGAAAUGUCAGCGUUUUAAAAUGGAUUUAAAAAUGUAAGUGUUUAAUUACAUCAAACGACCAUUUUAACAUGAGCAGCUCUUCUAUUGUCACUGACUAAAUACUCAGCUUUGUGCUCUUCUGAAUUGUGUCUGUCCAUUUGAAAUAUGCUGUCUACUCGUGUUUAGCAACGUUUGUGUGAAUAAUGUACUAUUACUAUCUGAUGUAUAAAAAGGAGAGUUACUGAAACACAAGUGUAGGCCUAUCACAUGGAAUAAAAUAAAGAUAUUUCACCAAAA